AUGCCGACCUCGGAGCUGGACGAGACCAGCUGGAGCGUGGACGACCUCUGCGAGGGCGAAUUCGACGCGCGCGCUACCUUUCUCGUGCGCGACUCGCCGACCGGCGCCGACGCGCCCGAUCGGGCGCGCGCCUCGCGGCCCAAGAACGUCAUCAUUAAAGACGGGGUUCCCGGGGUACGGGCCAAGAUUGGUCUUCCAAAGGGCACCCGCUUCGGGCCUCUGGUGGGCGAAGCGCUCCAGAGGCACGAGGUGUCACCGACGGCAAUCAAGAAAUAUUUCUGGAGGGAUUUCUGUCCGCUCUACUACCCUCACCGCUGGGAAAGCAUCGCAAGACAUCAGGUGUACACAUCCAAGGACGACUAUUACUUUCUGGACGCUUGCGACACCAGAAAGUCGAACUGGAUGCGAUACGUGAACCCGGCGUUCUCGCCCGACUCGCAGAACUUAGUGGCGUGUCAACACGAGCAAAACAUUUACUUCUACACGAUCCGCGACAUUCAGCCGGGCGAGGAGAUGAUGGUGUGGUACUGCCGCGAGUUUGCUCAGCGGCUGAACUACCCCGUGUCUGGAUCGCUAAUGCUCGACCAGAUCCAGCAACGCGUCAAGGUGGACCAGCCUUGCGAGCAGACGAGGCCCGAGGUCAAGCUGGAGCCGGCGGCGCCAGAGCGGGCCGAGUACGCGGCGCACACACAGAUCUCGCCAGUGCGCUCGGACGAGGGCUACCUGAGCCACGAGUACCAGGACGACUCGCCACCGCACGAGCCCAGCAGCGACGAGGAGGCCGAUAACAACUACGUGCUGGACUUCAGCAAGACGAGCAAGCGGAGGCGCGACGAGGACGACUCGCGCAACGAGUUCCGCAAGGUCAAGAUCAAGAUGUCCAAGGCGUACCACAUCAAGUCGCAGAACGAGGCGGAGCGGCGCCGCCAGGACUCGUCAUCAGCCGAGCCGCACGAGGAGGUAGCGUCGGCGCUGUCACGGCCCGCCGCCGCCGCCGCCUUCAGCCCGCCGCUGGCGAGUCCGCGGCACGCGCCCGAGCCGCGUCCGUCGAGCCCGGCGGCGGCGAGCCCGCGGCUGGCCGAGGCGCGCCCCUCCAGCCCCUGCACGCCGCCCACCUACCACGUGCUGAGCGCACCGGCGCCGCCGCCACCGCCGCCGCCGACAGUGCCGACGGCACCGCAGCAGUCGCACGUCAGCGGCGGCAGCGAGCGUGUGCCCGACCAGAGCUGGGUGUCGGAGGCGUACCGGGCGCCAUUCUUCCGCGAGCGGCGAGCGGCGCGCUCGCCGGGCGCCGACUCGCCGUACCAGCCGGUCUCGGACAGCACGCAGGUGGGACGCGAGCCAGGGUCGCGCGAGUUUCAGGAGCGGCUGCGCCGCUACGGCGUCGACCCCGUGGGCGCGCGGCCCAACAGCAGCCUGCUCGAGAACAUCCUGCUCUACAAGAAAGACGAGCCGCGCCUACUUGAGCCAGUACAGGUGAUCGUUGCGAGCGACUCGACGCCCGCGCCCGACUCCAACACCUCGCCUGGCGGCUACUACUACCGCCACCCUGGCCAGCGCUAUCCGGACUCGAUGCAGCCGAGUCCGGACUCGAGCUCGGCACCGGCGCCGGCGCCGCGCCCGUCGGCGCCGCCGCCGGCGCUACCCGGCCCGCUGCCCACCUCCUCCACACCGCUGUACCCGUGCUUCCCGUCGUACCAGUACCAGUACGCACCGUACGCGAGCGAGGCGUACCCGGGGCGUGGCGACAAGUUCCCGAGCUUCGCGGCGUCGCAGCUGUCGCCGGGCGGGCUGAGCACGGCCUCGUCGGCGGCGAGCGGCGAGUCGGGCGGCGAGCAGCGUCCGCGCGGCUUCCGCUCCCUGCCCUACCCGCUGGAGAAGAAGGACGGCAAGAUGCACUACCAGUGCAACCAGUGCCUCAAGACGUUCGGCCAGCUGAGCAACCUUAAGGUGCACCUGCGCACGCACAGCGGCGAGCGGCCCUUCAAGUGUGACGUCUGCAGCAAGAGCUUCACCCAGCUGGCGCACCUGCAGAAGCAUAACCUGGUCCACACCGGUGAGAAGCCGCACGAGUGCCAGCUCUGCAACAAGCGCUUCAGCUCCACCUCGAACUUGAAGACGCACAUGCGACUGCACUCGGGCCAGAAGCCGUACGUGUGCGACAUCUGCCCGUCGCGCUUCACGCAAUUCGUGCACCUGAAGCUACACAAGCGGCUGCACACCAACGAGCGGCCGUUCACGUGCGAGUCGUGCCACAAGCGCUACAUCAGCGCGUCGGGCCUGCGCACCCACUGGAAGUCGACCACAUGCAAGCCAACCGCCGAGCAGGAGCGGCAGCUGCGCGUUGGGCGCGAGGCCGGCGGCCGCAGCCCCGGCUCGCAGCCCAGCCUGUCGCCGCGGCCCGAGCUGGCGCUCAGUGACGUCAGCAACGACAGCGUGACGUCGGUGGUGGCCGAGGCAGCUGAGUGGGCCGGCCGCCAGUCGCCGAGCAGCUCAGUGGUGCCACCUGGCGGGCCGCCGCCGCCGCCGGCGGCGCCGCGCUACCAGCCAGCCGCGCCGCCGCCGCCGCCGCCCGCACGCCCCUCGGUCAUCGACACCUCUCAGCUGCACGUCAUCGAGUGCUCGUAGCCGGCGGCGACGCCGCUCCGCGAGCUGCGGCCGUUGAUCGCGGCCAGCUCCUGCCGCCGAUGCGACGUGGGUCGGCCGCAGAACGAGACCUUGGCUGUUUCGAUGGCGACGUUGUGUAUGUAAUAUUUCUGGUGACUCAGUUGCAAACUUCCGUGGCAUUGUACAGUAUUCUUUACACUUAAUGCUUUUACCGUGCUUAUCGUAUCGCUGUUUUCGCGUCUUGGAGGGACUGGAUAGCCAUAGGUGCAAUAUGAUGUAGAGAUCUUCGAUGUCGGGCGUAGAUUUACUUUUGAGACGCUGUCGAUUUUUCAACGAGCAUGAUUCUGUAAGCAAUAAUAUGUGUAUGCGCCAGAAAAUGUAAAUCAGUUGGUGAUACUCACGACAUUGAUGUUGUACAGGCCCCGACUAAAUGGUAUACAAGGUCGCAAGCAUGGUAGGCAACGCCGACCUAAGCUCAACUUUACGAUGGCAUACAGUGAUGCUUCCUUGCUUGCUCUUGUGUCCGCCGGUUAUUGUUCUCUGAACUCGAAGUGUUCUUAUUCCGUGCGGCCAUUCUUGUUAGUUGAAAGCCAUGUGUUGUAGAAUUGGCUAAUCUUCGAAGCACACCGCGAAACGUACAACGACGAUUUUCCGUGGCUUGUGCAAAAUCGCUGCAAGGCAUCAUUUUGCAUUUGAACUGCGAAAUGUGUUUUUUCAGGACUUGUCAGGCACUUUCAUGGCAUUAUGCACCGUUUUGGAAAUAGGCCCCCAUAACUCAAACAAUCGUCUCCCCCAUGUCGCAUCGCCCAACAUCUUCAACUGCUUCAUUUUGUGUAUCCUUUUCCUUGAGUCCUAUUGAUUCAACUGAUCGGGGACGAAAAUGGGCAUGGCCGUACUGCGUGCCCGAUUAAGUGAAAUCGACCAUACUCAAUACUCUGUGAUCUUCACACCACUUGUAAAAAUCAAGCAGUGCGUAAUCCCCAUUUUCCUGUUUAUGGUCAGCUCCAGUGUACAUGUGUCGCGAAUGCUGUUACCGUUUUGCUUUUGUUGCCGCUGGUAAAUCGGCGGGGCCUGGUCCAGUCUGGGGCGAUCGAACGGCCUCCUGGACUGGUGGCACGUCCUUCGCACGUCCUGGCGGCUAGUUCGCAACCUGUUAUUGGGCUCAGUUGUUACGCAUACUACGCUAAACAUUGUCGAGGCAUUGGACUCUAUCCGCUUUGGCUGCGUGUUUCCCUUGGUUACUAGUGCCAGUGUAGGCUGAGGCUCAGUACAAAAUGCGGAAGAGCUGAUUGAUUCUGAUCUCACCAGCUGCAGCAAAUUUGUUUUGUUUUCGCUGCAGCUCAUGGGCUUUUCUGCGAUUGUUUCUUCUGAGCCGUCAUCGUUUUAGGUGGUGCGUUGUUAUUUAUUUCUCGUCGGCGCGAAUGCCAAUGUACAAUAUAUUCAUACUGUAUGGAAUAGUGUUUAAUACACACCCGGUGAAUUGA